AUGACUGGAUUUCGUCUGGGUAGCAACAAAAAGGAGAAGCUGUCUCCAGGGACAGCCAAACCUUCUGCGCUGGUCGACGAGGUAAGCGCACCUCGCAACUUUGGAAUCAAGAACUAUCUCCAUCAAUUCUACGUAACUCCAACCGGUGAUGACGUUGAAGGCGGAGCAAUCGGUGGACCGAUGAGCGGCGGAGCGUGGUACCUGUUGCCACCACCACCAGCUCAACGGAGAGGCCUUCUUCUUUGUCGAAUCUUCACCAUCAUCGGAUUGUUGUUCCUCAUUGCUGGAGCAGUCACCAUCUGCAUUGGGUACACGUGGAAAGCUGAACGAAACAUUGAGCAGUCCAUCGAGCGUUUCGUUCUGUUCCAGGAUGAGAACGGAGGACUCUAUGUGCCACGCGACAAGCUAGAGCUCAUCCUUCAAGAUCCAAUGCGUUUGUGGAAGACUAUUGGAUUCGGAUUGUUCACGUUGGGAAGUCUUCUUCUAGCCUUCUCACUGGCCAUUCCGACCGCCGCUGCCAUGGUUGGCACCACUCGUUUCGCCGCGUUCGCAUCACCGGACAACUCUCCAAACGAGCCGCCCGUGAGAGUAUUCCCGCACUCUUCCAAUGUCACCGGAAUGAGCAGUGGCCCAGUUCCAGUAAUGGAAGAAAUCGCCAAAGUGCAGCCAUCUGAGAAGAAGUCACCAACAGUUCCAGCCGACCUUCUCGACCAGGAAGUGCAUUGA